GAAGAACUCUCUGACGUAGAUCGUGUGCGACGGGACUGUUGACAGAGACGCGAACAUGGCUCUAUUUCCAGCAUUUGCUGGGUGUUCCAGUGCCAGUGCCGCCCCUGAGCAAACGGGACUGGACUGGCUGAAUAAUCGGAGCUUCUGUACAGAAGAUGCCCUGUCCCUGCACCAGCGCACCCAGCUCGCCCCGCCGCCCGCCCACCCUGUUUCUCCACUGUCCAGCAAUGACCCCAAAGGCCAGACCUCUGGGAGCGAGUCUUCCGAUUCAGGGGCUGAAAGAAGGAAAAAAAAGAGGAAAAAGAAGAAAAAGAAACACAAAAAGCAUAAAAAGCGGAAGAGUAACAGCGAGGAUGAUGAUGAGGAUGAUAAAGAGCAUGAUAUGAGAGAUUUAAAGAACCCUCAGUCAGUGGGGGCUGCAAGGGAGGACGCUCGGGGGUCAGACGCCCGCCGCUCUAUCGGGAUGGACGAAGCCCAGUCUGCACCAGAGGAGACGUUCAGAGUUGACAGGAAAGCCGACCCGGCAAACUGGGAGUAUAAGUCGCUGUACCGGGGAGACAUUGUACGGUAUAGGAGGAGAGGUCAUUCCUGCCUGGGGAUUGAUCCCAAGAAGCAGCAGAUCAUCUGGGAGGGCGCAAACAACAAGAAGACGUCUCGGAAAAGGGCAGACCGCUAUUACAGCAAGGCGGCGGUGCAGACUUUGCGGGCCAAGGCGGAGUCUGUGUCCUGCGGUAAGGACGGUGCGGACUCCACUUCCGGCGCCUUCAUUCCAGUGAAGGACUGUGAACCACACACCACUGCCUCCUCUUCCGGUCCAGUCAGCUGGGUGAAUCCGCUGGGUGUGUACGAUAGCUCCACUGCCAUGUGGCUGCAAGGUAAAGGUGGUCCCGAAAGCAAGACCCCAGCGCCGGAGCCCAGAGACACCAGCAUCCUGGAAAAGGUGGAGGAUCACAACAAGAGAGUCCGAGAAGAUCCUACAGACAUCAAGACGUGGAUGGAGUUUGUCUCAUUUCAGGAUGAGUUGAUCCAUCAGCCCAGCAUGUACUCCACGAGUGAGAACGAGAUGGACAGCCACCGGAUGUCUCUAAAGAUGGUCCUGGAGAAGAAGCUGUCCAUUCUGGAGAGAGCCAUCGAGAGUAACCCGGCCAGUACAGAGCUGAAGUUGGCGCGGCUGCGGCUGUGCACAGAGUUCUGGGAGAACGCAGCGCUGCUGAAAGAGUGGCAGAAGUUGGUUUUUCUGCACCCCAAUGAGCCACAGCUCUGGAAGAAAUAUCUGCAGUUUUGUCAGGGCCAGUUCAGCACCUUCUCUGUGUCCAAAGUGAAUGCCAUCUACGGAAAGUGUCUGAGCACCCUGUCUGCGGUGCAUGACGGGAGCAUGCUCUCUCAUCCGGUUAUGCCAGGCACCGAACGCAGCAUGUAUGAUAUUUUCCUUCAGCAGUGUCACUUCCUGCGCCAGGCCGGUCACUGCGAGAAAGUCGUGUCCGUGUUCCAAGCUCUUCUCGACUUCACUUUCUAUAAGCCGGAGAGUGUGAAGAACAUGACUACGAAAGAGCAGGUGGAAUUCUUUGAGCCUUUUUGGGAUAGCGGAGAGCCUCGAUUUGGAGAAAAGGGAGCCAAAGGCUGGAGCUCAUGGAUGAGGCAACAGGAGAGGGGAGGCUGGGUCAUCAUCAAUAACCUGGAUGAAGAGGACGAUGAUGGAUCAGUUGAGGAGAUCGACAUCAAAGAUAAAAGCCGCCCCCGACCUGAAAUCUGGCUGAACAUGGAGUGCGCUCGGGAAGCCCAACACUGGAUACCGUGGAGGCCGGACGCUGCCAAAAAACAAACCGAGGAGGAUUGUGAGGACCCCGAGAGACAGAUCUUCUUUGAUGACAUUGGACCAUCCAUGUUCAAGAUUUCCAGCGCGGAGUUGAAGUUCCAUCUCGUCCUAUCCUUCCUUCAGCUCCUGGGAGUUCCCUGUGACUCUAGACCGCCCCCUACGUCCUUGUAUCUCUCCUUGGACGAUUCCUCCAUCUUUGACUUCACCCCUUCUUACCAGUGGCUGCUGACAUCUUAUGAACUCCCCCUGUCCGGGGUCAGUGCCGUUGGCCAUCUUGAUACUAUGAGCAGGGGCCGAGGGCAGAUCGGACAGUGUAAGGAAGGUGAACGCUUCAUACAAGACGUCUUCCAGGCUGCCAUGUCCUGCGUCACUGCGGAGCAGAAGAUGAAGCUUUCUGUCUUGUGGCUUCAGUAUGAAAUAACCAAGGUAGUUCGGUGCCUGGAGGAGAAAAACAAGAAAAAGCUGAAAUCGCAAGGGAAAAGGAGCAAGAGGCUGGCAAAAGGACUUCUUAAAGAGACAGUGAACCGGAACAGCCUGGCACUGUGGAAGCAGUACGCUCUGCUGGAGUGGCUGCUGGGGAGCACAGAGGAGGCCAGGAAGGUGUUUGAUGCCGCCAUUGGACUUGCAGGCAGCCAAGGGUUAAAGGACCAGGCUUUACGAAGCCUGUCUUUACUGUAUGCAGAGCUAGAAGCAGAGGCGGGGGCACAGCCAGGGCAUGAAGCCGGCUCCCGUGCCCUCCACGUCCUUACCAGCCUUGCUGAAAGUUCCAUUUAUGUGCCGUUUAAAGGGCCAGUUCCUGCUGUCAGUAUAUUAAAAGCAAGGAAAGCGUAUGAGCGGGCGCUGGAAGACUCCCUGAAGCUCCCUGUAGACUCUGCUUUGGUCACUGUAACCGGCUGCCUCGCUCUGUUCCAGUAUCUCACCGCAGGAAUAGACUCUGCUGUUGCAGUGUUUCGUCAGGUCUCUGACUCGCUGGCGCCCCCUGCUGGGGCAUGUGAUGAGGCACCAGGCUCCUGGAGCCCUCUGCAAGCAGUCACCGUAAUGCACACUAACUUACUGAAGUACCACGUGAAGGUCAGUGUUUACCCACGCGCUCCGCUCAGGGAAGCCCUAAUGGACGCUUUGCGCUUGUCCCCUCAUAACGUGACCCUGUGGAAGUCGUACAUCCAGUCCGAGGGCAAAUCUCACAACGUCAACAAGGCCCGGAGGUUCAUCGACGGCAUCAGGAGGGCGACCGACGCCCUGGAGCCGUAUCUGUUUGCUAUCCAGGCAGAAGAGGGAAGGAAAAAGCUUUUGGAAUCGGUGCAGAGGGGGGACACAGGAGACAUACACGUCGUCAUGCCGGAGACAGGCCUGUCCAAUCGCAUCAAGGUUCUGUAUGAGCGUGGACUGGCCACGGAGCAAGGAUCCCGCUGUCUUCUGCUCUGGAGGAUGUACUUACGUUUUAUGGUCUCUCAGGGGCAUCAGGACAGGAGCCGUGGGCUGUUCUACAAGGCCAUACAAAGCUGUCCCUGGGCAAAGGUUUUAUAUUUGGACGCUGUUGAAUAUUUCCCGGAUCGGCUGCAAGAAAUUGUUGAUUUAAUGACUGAGAAGGAACUGAGAGUGCGGGUUCCCCUGGAGGAGCUGGACCUGUUACUGGAGGACUAGUCCCCGCCUGUCUGUACAGUCACCUCUGUAUAUAGUAUUCAAUAAAUCCCUUGUGGGGGGUGUUGCAGG